AAACAUUAAGAUUUUCUUUUAAAUUAGAGUUCUAGUUUAUCCUUGUUAAUCAUACUGUUAUUUAUUACUAUCACGACUUUCAUUCUGAGUAAAAUAACGUUUUUUGUGAGCAAUUAGGUCUUGUUAAUUCGGGUUUAUAUUUUGACGUAGGGAUGCUCAUUUUGAGGUGUUGCAGGGCACAUGGCCUCCAACGCAUUUGAAUAGGGAGAGUUCUUAGCACGUUAUUUAAUGGGUGAAGUUGAGAAAAAGAAAGAGUUUGGAACAAAUAGCAUAGAAAUGGAUGACUUUGGUCCUCAGUUACGAUUACUAAAGGCUAACGACCAAAUAAGGGAACUACAGACAACUAUUAGAAAUAAGGCAACUUCCAGAGGCGAUUUUGUAUUCUACGCUGACAGAUUAAUCCGGCUCGUUGUUGAAGAAGGUCUGAACCAACUUCCCUACAAGGAGACAGUGGUAACGACACCGACUGGAUGCCAGUACAAUGGGGUGCAGUUUGAGCAUGGUAACUGUGGUGUCAGUAUAAUGAGAAGUGGUGAGGCUAUGGAGCACGGUCUGCGAGACUGUUGUCGUUCAAUCCGCAUCGGGAAAAUCUUAAUCCAGAGCGAUGACGACACCAGUGAAGCCAAGGUGUUCUACGCUAAGUUUCCUCCAGACAUACACAAGAGGAGAGUCCUUCUUAUGUAUCCUAUUCUAAAUUCAGGAAACACAGUGAUUCAAGCAGUAAGAGUUUUAGAAGAACACGGUGUCAAGGAUAAUAUGAUUGUACUCCUCACUAUCUUCUGCACGCCAAAUGGUAUCCGUUCUGUGAUCAACAAAUAUUCAGCGAUAACCAUUCUUACAUCUGAGGUUCAACCGGUCACCCCAAACCACUUUGGCAAGAAAUAUUUCGGAACAGAUUGAAGCAAUAAAGUUAAAUAAAUACUGGUAUUAUUUUACAAGGAGUUUAAGCCAUUUCUUUUUAGGGUAUCGGUGAAGCUUACUGAUAUGAAUGGCAAUAACUUUUUAAGAAACUCUGCUACAUUCCGGUAGAGUAUGGAGUCCCGCUGUUUCAACAUCCAAUACCAUCUGGAGAAUUUGACUCCAAAAAUGGCGCAUCUAUGAUUUAUUUAAUAUCACGUGAAUAGUGUCAACAGAUGUACGAUUGUACACACAUAUGCAAUUUUGUUACAACUCUGUGGUCAUGUUCUGGUGAACAGGACAAAAAAUGGUUAACAAUUUGCAAUGGAUGUUGUGCACUUUUAUGUCAGGCUUAUUUUUAUUGCAGCAUCCAGCGACUUAACUGCAGGGUCUUCAAAUGCUAUUUUCCUGUACUUGUAUUAUAGACAGAGAUACCUGUAUUUUUAGGGAUUGGCUUUUAUUUCACAUAUACUGUAGUUAGAAACUAAUGCAUAGUUACAAAAUAUUAUUACCAAUCAUGUAGUUUGUGUUUUUCUUUAUAAUCGUACUAAGCCAGCCAGGCUUCUUGUAGUCGUUGCGCUGCCCCAAAUACACAUAGGCUUCUUGACUACAUUUGUGAAUGCAUAUCAAUUUAAAAUCCUCUUUGCUUGUGAUUGAUUGAUCACUAAUAGACGAUGUGACCUGUGACACCACAUGUUUAUAAAAGAGCCACAAAGCCUAGACUUCCUGCACAGUCAAAAUGGAAGAAAACGUAACAUUUUAUGGAGAUUGCACUGUCCACUUCUCAUCAGCUUUUGAUAUGAUCACGUCUCAAAAGUUGUCCAGCUUUUGAUUUCAUAACUCUUGGAUUUAUGUGGAAAUUAUGACCAGUGCAGUAUCUUGCCUGCCAGAAAACCAAAGAAUGCACAUGUAAAAGGUCACACUUAUUGUAAACAAAGGUCACAUGGACGGUCUAUACCAGGCAAGAGUGAGUCAUUGCUUACAAAAUGAUCUGAAAAUAGGAUCCAAAAUUCUGGUUAGGUUAAAAAGAUGGCAUUUCCACCUGGAGUUGUACAUUUCAAGAAGCUUUUAGCAGGCAUGACAUUUGGCCCUUGGAAAAAGAGAAGGCAAACUCUGUCAAGUAUAAGAGCCUUACCUACUUUAACAUGUGGGUCGUAUACCCUUUUUGCUAAUUUUUCCUCACAGUGCAAAUAAAUUCGGAAAUAAGAUUCCAGGAGAAAUAAUAUCAUGCCUGUUUUAAGAUCAGUAUCCUUAGCAAUAGAGCAGUACAUAGAAAACAAUAGUAUUUUAACAUCUGAAAAGGCUGUUUUUUACCCGUCAGAUAUAUAAACAAAAGUCUGAAAUUACUCGUGUUAUGAAGAUUUUCUCGCCAGUUUUUUUAUUUUCAAGUAGUGUCGACACAAUUGUGUUGUGUGCUGAAAACAAUCCAUGAUAAUGAAAUAUUAUUUUCGAUUUGAUUGCCAAUAAAUUAGUUUCUUGAAAAUAAAAGAGGCUCCAACUCGAGACUGGGUUUUUGCUUUGUCAAGUUAAAGGAGAUCAGAUAUUCUUGCCAAGUAGUCUUAAAGGGUCUGGGUACUUUUUGCAGGACACAAUACACAAUGUCCACAGAUUUAUAUUAAACUAACACAGUU